AUGAUCAUGUCCCAAGCCCGGUGUAUAGUUGAAGGGGCUCGAUGCGGCGGUGCCGCCUACGUAGCUCCUGGCCUCUCCGCCCGGCAACUUUCCCCGUAUCUCCAGCCCGCGACAGGACGAACACUCCGUUGCUCUGAUUUGGAGCACAAAGCAUGCCCUGACUAUGACGAUCCAUACAGGAGAACAGGAGUCUCCUCAGACUUCGAUUCCACGCCCCGAACCGCACCUCAGCGUCAAAAGCGCUCCGCCCCCCCCGAGACUCCAGCUGCUGUCCAAACGCGAUUCCGAGUGAUCGCAGCUUUCUGGGCUGUCAUUAUAUUUUUGGGAUUCCCGAUAUGGUGGAAAACAACUUCAAUCUACAGGGCCUCUCUCCCCAUUGAGGAGAUGGUAGAUUGGGCUGAUGGCAAGGCAUGUCGACCAGUAUUCCCUUUGGACAUACAUCUUGCGACACCUUCGCUGCAGCUGCUCGAGGCCCAGCAUCUCCUCCGCACCACACAGCAUACUCUCGAUGAUCUCAACGAGUUCGCAGCGCAUCAUCUCCGACUCAGGUUGGCCAACGACAGCAUGUCCAACUACGGAGAGAUUGACACCGGCGCCGACGUGCCCGGGGGGAUGGCGGAUAUUGCAUUGACUGUUCGGCUUCUACCUCAGGAAGAUUUACUGGCCGAGGACAUCAGUCGAAGGCUACGCCGAUCGAUGAAAUACGCGGAAACCUACCACCUGUCAUUCUCGUUAUUCACGCCAGGCUCGAGACCUUCGUCGUGGGAUAUUGAGGCCGCCGUGAAUGAAUAUGUCGCCCCUCUCUUGAAGGCAUUAUCACCGAUCAGCGACUUCACGGUCGACACGCAGGUGCAGCUAUAUGCGAACUUCGCACCCACUGCGCCUAAGCCUGAGUUUGAUGAAGCUGAGGCAGCAUGGACAUUGAAGAAGGAAGAUCUAAGCGCUUUCGUCAACGCUGCCGAGUGGCCACUGAACCCCAGCAUCGGAAACGGCCCUACCAUCAACUUCGUCCUAUAUGUCCCAGAUCCCUCUCAAUCACCACUGAUUGUCAAGGAAAACCGUGCUUCCAGCUGGAUCGUCCCGCAAUGGGGCGGUGUGUUCCUCUUGAACACGCCGCUUUCCACCGGCGACAGGACGAGCGAUUCAAACCCCGCCCACCUCGCUCAGGACUCCUUGGGCCCUGCCUUCAUGACGUUCUCCCACCAACUUCUCACCCUCCUUGGCACCCCCAGCACCCCCGCCUCUCUUCCCCUUCGUCUUCAGACAUCCAUUCGCAUCCGCGCGGCUACUCUUCUACUAUCUGCUUCUUCCACCAUGGGCUCACUUGCACGUCUCACUGAGUCCCUCCCCUCAAUUCCUAUCCCAGCAACUGUCGCUACAUCUGUUUCUACUGUUCUUUCACAUUUGGGCGCUACCUGCUCACACCUAAAAGAUGGUCGCUUCGGCGCAGCGCUUGCUAGCGCUCGAGUCGCCGAGGUAGAAGCCGAGCGCAGUUUCUUCGAAAAGAGUAUGGUGGGUCAGGUUUACUUCCCUGAUGAGCACAAAGUUGCAGUCUAUCUCCCACUACUGGGCCCCAUCGGAGUCCCUCUGGUUGUCGGGUUACUGAAGGAGAUUAAGAGAAUCAUAGCUGAACGCAAAGCGAAGAGAGCUGCGGCUUCAUAG